AUGAUAUUGAUAAAUUUCACAUUUUUAAUUUUCUGUUCAAGCAUUUUAAGAGAUGAUUUAUUAACUAGAAAUAAAGAUUCAAUGAAUAUUUCUGAGAGUGAAAUUAUGUUAUUAAGGUAUUUUUUAAUUAUGUACAAUCAGAAUGAAAAAAAGAAAAAAGAUAUUUUAAAAAUAAUUAUAAAAAAUUUUCAAUCAGUAAAUGAAUUAGAAUUAUUUAAACCAAUUAAAGUGAAACAAAGUUUAUUUAGAUCAUUAGAUAUUUUCCAUGAUGAUUAUUUAUUAGUAUAUAAAUCACUAAUUCCUAUGAGUAUAAACAAUGAUAUUGAUGUGGAAAUAUUUUCACUGGAUGUGUUUAAAAAGUCUAUUAAUGAGAUUAUUAAAAGAAUCAAUAUUGAUAUUCAAUCUUUUAUUAAAUAUUCUUUAGAUAAAAUAAAGGAUGAAAUUUCUUACGAAAGAGAUAAGAAUUAUAAUCUUGGGACUUAUGAGUCAUAUGAUUGUAUUACCGAAUCAGUACAUAUGUUUAGGUUUAUAAUUAGCACUAAACAUUAUAUUAAAUGUGUUUUAAAAGAAUAUUCUAUUGAUUAUAAAUAUCAAAAGUAUAUUAAUGAUAAUAUUAGUUUAUUUUAUUUUCUAGAAUUAAAUAACCUUAUAAUUGAAAGACCUGAUAUAUUUAAUAAUAUUAUUAGUUAUGUGGUUGAUGUAACAUCAUUUAAUAAGGGUUGUUUUCAUAGAUAUAAAAGUUUAAACAUUUCAAAUCCAUUAGUUGAUAGAUUAAACAUUUUUAAUAACUAUGACUUUAUAAAAGAUCCAACUAGCAUAUCAGAAUUGUUUAAAUAUGUUAAUUUACUUAUUAGGGAAUUUAUAAAAAUUAAAGGUUUUAUUGAAUCAAUAGAAUCAGAUAAUGAAAUUAGAAUGAUGUGUAUAAAUCACAUAUUUAGUAGUGAAAAUUACAGUAAAGAAUCAAUCUUCUACUAUCUAAAUAUUAUUCCUGUUAGUAAGAUUAGAUCAUUAAGAAAACAACUUGUGUCUAAAAAAGAAAAAUUAGUAAAAGCACAUCUUUUUAAAUUCAUAGAAAAUUUUAAAUUCUAUAAAGAGAAAUACUUAGUAAAUUUAAGAAAAGUUUAUAAUUUUUCUAAUCUAGAAGAUGAAUCAAAGUGUUUAAUAAGUUUGCUUUUAAUGAUAAAAAGUUUAGAUGAAAAACAAAGAUACAUAACAGCUGAGUAUAAUCAGAUAAAAAAUAUUAUGAAUUUAACUAAGAUGAUUCAUUUAAUAAGUACAAUUCCUUAUGAAAUUUGUUUAGUGAUAGACAGGUUUGUUUUAAAAAAAUUUUUAAAAAAAAGAUUAGAAACAAUUUAUGAAUAA